AUGACUAUAGAAAACAUGCAGUCACCUGCAUCUCAGCGCUGUGUUGCCAGUGGUUAUCUUGAGCUAAAACUGCCUUUAGAAACAUUCAAGGAAGAAAUCUCUAAGCGUUUCAAGUCCCACACUGAUCAGCUUGUGUUGAUAUUUGCUGGAAAAAUUUUAAAAGAUCAAGAUACUUUGACUCAGCAUGGAAUUCAUGAUGGACUCACUGUUCACCUGGUUAUCAAAACACAAAACAGAUCACAAGACCACACAGCUCAGCAAGCAAACACGACUGGGAGUACUGCUAGUGCAUCAACAUCAAGCAGUAGUACCUCAACACCAGCUUCAACAAAUAGUAACCCUCUUGGAUUGGGUGGCCUUGGAGGUUUGGCAGGUCUCAGUAGCCUGGGCUUAAAUACAUCAAACUUUUCAGAGUUGCAAAGUCAGAUGCAACGGCAACUUAUGUCCAACCCAGAAAUGAUGGUUCAGAUAAUGGAAAAUCCAUUUGUUCAGAGCAUGCUUUCAAAUCCUGACCUGAUGAGGCAGUUAAUUAUGGCUAACCCUCAAAUGCAGCAACUGAUACAGAGAAAUCCAGAAAUCAGUCACAUGCUGAAUAAUCCAGAUAUAAUGAGACAGACACUAGAACUUGCUAGAAACCCUGCAAUGAUGCAGGAAAUGAUGCGAAACCAAGAUCGAGCCAUGAGUAACCUUGAAAGUAUACCCGGUGGAUACAAUGCAUUGCGACGUAUGUACACAGAUAUCCAGGAGCCAAUGUUGAAUGCAGCACAGGAACAGUUUGGAGGUAACCCAUUUGCUUCGUUAGUAAGCAAUGCAUCAACAGGUGGGGACAGUCAGCCAUCUCGUACAGAAAAUAGAGAUCCUCUACCAAAUCCCUGGGCUCCUCAGUCCAGCUCGCAGACUUCCACGACAAGUACAAGCACCAGUGAUGAAAGCCAUGGCAGUAGUAGUGCUGGACAUAGCACCUCUGGAAGUACAGGGCAGAGCUCAACUGUACCAAACUUGGGACCUGGACUAGGAGCUGGUAUGUUCAACACACCAGGAAUGCAGAGCUUAUUACAGCAGAUAACAGAAAACCCACAACUUAUGCAGAAUAUGUUGUCUGCACCCUAUAUGAGAAGCAUGAUGCAGUCAUUAAGCCAGAAUCCUGAUCUUGCAGCACAGAUGAUGUUGAAUAAUCCUUUAUUUGCUGGAAAUCCUCAACUUCAGGAACAAAUAAGACAACAACUUCCUACUUACCUUCAGCAAAUGCAGAAUCCUGACACAUUAUCAGCUAUGUCAAACCCAAGAGCAAUGCAGGCUUUGCUACAGAUUCAGCAGGGCUUGCAAACACUAGCAAGAGAAGCACCGGGGCUUAUACCAGGAUUUAGUCCUGGUUUAGGUGGAUUGGGAAGCACUGGAGCUCCUCCAAGGUCUACUCUACCUAGUUCUGUUCCCAGUGAAAAUACAAGUCCAUAACCUGGUCACCAGCAAUUUGUCCAGCAAAUGUUGCAGGCACUUGCUGGUGCAAAUACUCAGCAGUUACAAAAUCCAGAAGUUCGAUUUCAGCAACAACUGGAGCAGCUGAGUGCAAUGGGCUUUCUGAACCAUGAAGCAAACUUGCAAGCACUAAUAGCAACAGGAGGAGACAUCAAUGCAGCUAUUGAAAGGCUGCUUGGCUCUCAGCCUUCAUAG